AUGAUUAUUUUGCCCAAGCAGUUGGAGGAUAUACCAAUUGCAUCAGAGUUUCCAUCAGUUAGGCAUCGUUGGAAUACAAAUGAGGAAAUUGCAUCCAUUUUGAUUGCAUUUGAUAAGCAUAAAGAAUGGCAAUUACGAGAACUACGAGUCAGGCCUCCCAGUGGGUCCAUGUUGCUGUACAGCCGCAACAAAGUGCGUUAUCGCAAAGAUGGCUACUGCUGGAAGAAGCGAAAAGAUGGCAAAACAAUUCGAGAGGAUCAUAUGAAGUUGAAAGUUCAGGGACUUGAGUGUAUCUAUGGAUCCUAUGUGCAUUCAGCAAUCCUGCCCACAUUUCACCGUAGAUGUUACUGGUUAUUGCAGAACCCUGACAUAGUCUUGGUGCAUUAUCUCAAUGUACCCUACCCAGAUAGUGCCAAGCUCAGCAUUCCAGUGCUCUCCUAUGGCUUUGAGAAGAAGGAGUGGACCAAGGAUGAAUUGGCUGACCAGUUGAGACCAAUGUUUUCCACUGGUCGGCCAGGAGAAGGCAUUCAAGAUUCAGAACAUGUGGUGAGUAGAAAUGGUUGUGCUACUUACACUAUUAUUCUUUCCCCCAUCCCCUUGUUGAUUUGUGGCUCAAAGGCUGAAUGUUUCUUCUUGAAUCAAUUCACAGAUAACAGACUUUUUGAUGUUCAAAGGCUAACAAUUGCAGCAGCCUGUUCAAAAGAUAUUUGGCAUGAGAACAAUCUCUUCUUCUUCUUCUUCUUCUUCUUCUUCUUCUGA